AUGAUUAGGAAUCCAGAUCUCCAGAGCUUUGUUUGCUGUGCAGUGUGUAAUAAAGUAAUACCACCACCACCUUCUGGGGAAGCUUUCCACCGGAUCUAUGAAUACAAACCAUUUAGGACAAGGUUUUUAACUCAUAAGGAUAUACUAGAUUAUGGCAUCAAGAUUCAUCAAAAGGAAGAAAAAAGACAAAUUCUUAAAAUGGAAGAAUUACUUAAAAUAGCACAGGAUGAAGUAUGGGCAAAGGCUGAGACUAUGACAGAUGAGGCUGUGAAAAAAGCAAUCAAGAAAGUCAAAGCAAAACAUCUGGAAGAAAUAGAAGCUUUAAAGGAAGAACAUGAGCAAAUACUGAAGCAAACAGUGAAAGAAACUAAGAAAGAGGUGCAAGAGUUAAUGGAAGCAGAAAUGAGAAGAGAAAACCUGGCUGCUGAACAGCGCAUGGUUCAUAGAAUCCAGAACAUUCUGAAGGAGUGCCACGCUGAAAAGCUUCAGGCAAUAGAAAACGUCAGAGCUGAAGAACAAGAAAUGGCUAUUGAAGCACUAAAGGAACAGAUGAGGAAAAAUGAGGAGAAAAUUAUAGAAGUUGGGAUUCUUUCUCACAAGAAUCUUGAAAAAACUGUUAAAGAAGUUGCCAGAGCCACAGAGCACCAGAUGUCUGUCAAUUUUCACCUCAGCCAAAAGAAGAAGGACGAAGAAGUGAAUGAAGUGAUGAAUGAGGUGAAGAAAGAACAUAAGGCUUCCAUAAAGAAAGUUUCCAAAAAGCUGACUGUUACUGAAGGUGAGCUGCAGGAGAAGACUGAGCAGCUGGAGAACAUGACCCACUGGAAGGAGUUCCUGGAGGAGGAGCUCCUGGAAACCCGUGAGGCAUUUCAGAAAUACAUCAAUUUUACAUAUCCUACACUUUCACCAGGACAAGCAGAUUUCAUUCUACCACUAAGAAAGAAACCACCCAGUGAUUUAGAGGAAUCCGUUGCAGUCACUGAAGAACAAGUCUCCACUGGAGAAGACUCUGAAAAGUCUGAAACAUCUGAAAAUUCUUAAAGGUCAAUUUUUA